GUUUUGUCAGACUUUCCAUUCAGUUCAUGUAGUGUGAGUUUGCGUUUUAUUAAGCCCAAGACGUUAUGCUUUCUGGACAUGAUGGUACAGUUCAAGAAUGACAUGAGUAGUCGGCAAUUAUGGACCAUUCUCCUUGGGAGAUCUGCUCUGAGGGAACCCGCUCAGAUCGAGGCCGAGUUGGAGCGAUGCUGGGAAAGGCUGCUUCAGGGGCUGAGCUAUUACAGGCCGCCCAGCACGGCAUCUGCAGACAAAUUGAAAGCGGACAAGACUGUCGCUGCACCCAUGAAAGAGUUUGGCCUCAGGAUUAGCAAACUACUGGCCCUAGAUGAACAGCAGAGUGUGGGCAUCUUGCAGUCUUACCUGCAGGAGGACUACAGAGGAACACGUGACACACUUAAGACGGUGCUACAGGAUGAAAGGCAGAGUCAAGCUUUACUCCUGAAAAUUGCUGACUAUUACUAUGAGGAGAGGAUGUGUCUCCUGCGCUGCGUGCUCCUCCUCCUCACAUACUUCCAGGAUGAGAGGCAUCCCUACAUGACUGAGUAUGCUGCCUGCGUGGGCAAGCUAGAGAAGGAUCUGGUGUCCAAGUACCGGCAGCAGUUUGAGGAUCUCAUCAAAGCUGAAGCGCCAACAUGGGAGACUCAUGGGAACAUGAUGACUGACGGGCAGGUGUGCCGCUGGUUCAGGCAGUGCUUGCGGGAGCAGGCUCUGCUGCUGGAGGUUCUGUUCCUGUACUACGCCUACUUUGAGAUGCCCUGCACUGAGCUGCUCAGCUUCGCACGCCUCUUCAAAGAGCUGGGCUUCGGCCGACGCCAGACCAACCGACACUUGGUGGACAAGAGCAUGGACCCCCUGGUGGAUCGCAUUGGGUCCUUCAGCUCUCUGAUCGUAGUUGAGGGAAUGGAUAUUGACUUCCUGCAUAAGUGUGCUCUGGAGGACCGCACUGAUCAGCACCAGUUUCACAACACUCCUGAUCUCUGCAAGGAGAUGGACCAGAUGCUGGUGACGUUUGGGGACAUCCCUCACCAUGGCCCCGUGCUGCUGGGCUGGGUGCUCCUGCGACACACACUGUCACCUGAAGAUGGCGCCGCCGCUGUCACACGCCUCGGACACAUAACACUGCAGCUCGACGUUUUCAGCUACCUCACAAACAUGCUGCAGGCCCUCAGCACCACUGGGAACAACUGUACAGCCAGCACUGCACGCAUGUGCAUCUACGGCCUCCUGUCCUUUGUCAUCACAUCUUUUGAAGAGGACACCCUGGGCAGCCAGCAGCACCUGGUGAAUGCUGUGUGUGAGGUGUUAGCGGCUCCCAGUCUGGCUGAACUCUUCUGGGAAUCGAAGCCUAACAUGGGCCUGGGAAUGAUCCUAGACGGUGCCAUAGGUGUGUUCCCCCACAAGCCACGCCCUCUUCUUCAGCUGCUCACCGCUCUACUGUCAGAUAAACCUACCGCCAAAAAGGUGUACAUGUUCUUGGAUAAGAUGUCCUUCUACACAGAAGUUUACAAACACAAGCCCAAUGACGUCGAGUCCAGUGAUGACGAAACUAUCUGGAGACGAAAAGCCCCAAAACUCAUCUAUCCACUAGGCUCUGGCCAGACUAACCUGCGCAUGCCGCUGGGGGUGCUGGGCCAGGCGUCUGUCGCACCAGAGGGCCUCGUGGUGCGCUGGGAGUACAACUACUCCUGCUGGAGCCUCUUCACCUGCGAAAUAGAGAUGCUACUGCAUGUGGUCUCUACUGCAGAUGUGUUGAUGCACUGUGAGCGGGUGAAGCCCAUUCUGGACCUGGUGUACCAGGUGAUCAACACGGACUGGAGCGUGUCCGACUGUCUCCUGCCUCUCACCUCACGCAUCUACAUGCUGCUGCAGAGGCUGACGUCGGUUAUAAACCCACCUGUGGAUGUCAUCACGUCAUGUGUGAACUGCCUCACUGUGCUCGCUGCAAGGCAGCCUGGGAAGGUUUGGUCCAGUCUACACCACACUGGCUUCCUGCCAUUCACAUCCUCUCCUCUCACAAACAUGGCCCAGUGCAUCAGUGCGGAUGGGAUGCGGGCUGGUAACUAUGGCAACUUGUUGGUGCUGAUCGAGCAGCCUCGUGGAGAGUACGCUGUGACCAUUGCCUUCCUGAAACUAGUCACCACCCUUGUUAAGGGCCAGCUGGGCAGUACCCAGAGCAGAGGUCUGAUCCCGUGUGUGUUACUGGUGCUGAAGGAGAUGCUGCCCACCUACCACAAGUGGCGCUACAACACCUAUGGAGUCCGAGAGAGGAUUGGAUGUCUUAUUCUGGAGCUGGUUCAUGCCAUCCUCAACCUGAGUGCAGAGGGAGAGGCCCAGGACAGUGCUCCCAGUCUGCAGGCCCUCUGCAUCUACAGUUUGGCAAACACUGAAGCCGGACAAGCUGUCAUCAACAUCAUGGCAGUAGGGGUAGACACAAUAGACAUGGUGCUGGCAGGUCAGCCCAGCAGCAGUGGGGGCAGUGAGGGCCCAGGGCAGGUGCUGAUCCAGACAGUGAAGCUGGCCUUCUCCGUUACCAAUAACGUACUACGCCUCAAACCCGCCUCAGACACCAUGUCACCUCUGGAGCAAGCUCUCACACAGCACGGUGGCCAUGGAAACAACCUAAUAGCAGUGCUAGCGAAGUACAUCUACCACAAACACGACCCUGCCCUGCCUCGUCUCGCCAUACAGCUACUCAAGAGACUCGCUUCGGUGGCCCCCAUGUCUGUGUACGCCUGCCUGGGCGGCGACGCCUCGGCCAUCCGAGACGCCUUCCUCAUGCGCCUCCAGAGCCACACGGAGGACAUGCGCAUCAAAGUCAUGAUCCUGGAGUUCCUCACGGUCGCCGUGGAGACGCAGCCCGGCCUUAUCGAGCUCUUCCUAAAUCUGGAGGUCAAGGAUGGCAGCGAGGGGUCAAAGGAGUUCUCCCUGGGGAAGUGGAGCUGUCUGGCGGUGGUUCUGGAGCUGCUGGACUGCAGACAGCAGGGUCAGUACUGGUGCCCCCCCCUCCUGCAGCGCUCAGCCCUGGCCUUCCUGCACGCACUCUGGACCGACCGCAGGGACAGCGCCCUGUGUGUACUCAGAACCAGAGAGAAAUUUUGGGAAAAUCUGACUACCCCCCUGUUUGGAACACUACCUUCCAACUCGGACACACCAGAGCCCUGUGUUCUGGAAUCGUGUGCCUUUGUGAUGAAAAUCAUUGGCCUGGAGGUCUACUAUGUUCACAGUGAGUCACUGGAGGGCUCCCUGAAGUCGGUGCUACAGCGCUUGGCGAGCCAGCGACGCUAUGAGUAUUGGUCAGAGUGUGUGCGCUCACUGGUGUGUGGUGUGUGUGAGGAUGACAGCCUUCGCUCGCUCAACGAGACGCAAACACUCAUCUCAGCCUGGAGGACUCUGCUCAUCCUGUCCACCAGCCAUUCGGACAUGAUGCAGCUGACAGAAGACUCGGUGCGGUGUAAGCUGUUCAUGGAUGUACUGGAGGGAACGAAAGCAGCUUUGAUGGUGCCUCAGUCUCUGCCCUGUCUUCGUUUGGGCUCCAUGAUGACCACACUGCUGCUUAUCCUACUCAAACAAUGGAAGAGUGAGCUGGGCUCCGCUCCUCCUCUGCUGCCCUGCCUGUCUCUGAUGCUGGAGUCCGUGCUGCAGGCAGACCCCAGGCUCAUGGAGAGGACCAAAGCCAAGCUCUUCUCCUGCCUCAUAUCUGCCCUGCAGAUCCAGGGUCUCAAUGGUGGAGAGAUAUCCCAGCUGCCUCAGCUGCUACUGUGUGUGUGCGGGACCAUCCAGGACGAGGCGCUGGCUUUGAUUGACAGCACGCGUCACAUGACCCAGAGCGUGGAGGUGCAAGAGGACUCCAUGGAGACAGACGCUCCCCGCAACCUCCAGACGGACCAAAGAGACGGGGUGUGUGUGUUGGCGCUGCACCUGUGUAAGGAGCUGUGUCUGGCGGACGAGGACGGAGAGCAGUGGCUGCUGGUGGUGCGGAAGCUUCCGGUCCUGCCCUCGGUGCUCAGCGCUCUGGAGCUCAGCCUGCGCUGCAAGAAGAACCUCUACUUCACCGAGAGCGCUCUGCACCUGCUGCUCACACUCGCGAGGACGCCACAGGGGGCAGCAGCAGUGGCAGGAGCUGGAGUUCUGCAGAGUAUCUGCCUGCCUCUGCUCAGCGUGUAUGAGGGACCAACCAAUGGAGUGACUCCGGCGUUCUCCCGGCGUGCCCAGGACGCCCCCUGCUGGCCUGGAGUGUACAGGCUCUGUGUGUGUCUGAUGGAGUCACUGCUCAAGACGCUCCGCUACAGCUUCAUCAACGAGGCCCUCGACUUCGUAGGGGUGCACCAGGAACGCAUUUUACAGUGUUUGAAUGCCGUGCGGACGGUGCAGUCUCUGGCGUGUCUGGAUGAAGCAGACCACACAGUUGGCUUCCUGUUGCAACUCUCUGCCUUCACCAAAGAGUGGCAGUUCCACCUGCCCCAGCUGCUCAGGGAUAUACAAAUUAAUCUGUGCUACCUGUGCCAGACAUGUACAUACCUCUUACACAGCAAGAAGAUGCUACAGCACUGCCUCCAGGCUAAGAACGGGGAGGCGCUGCCAGCAGGGCGGGCGCAGCGAGGAGGGCAGCCGGGCGCCAAGGCCUCCUCCACGGCGGACGAGCGGGAGGAGGCGGAGCAGAAGGCCGUGCAGGCGGUGCAGUGCAGCCUGCUGAAGAUCCUCAGCAAGACACUCAACACACUGCAGCACUUCACCCCAGACUGCUGCCAGAUACUACUCGACCAGUGCAUGGACCUGGCUGAGUACAGGACCCUGUUUGUGUUGAGCUUCUCUCCGGCGCUGGACUCUGACUCUGCUCCCUCCUUUGGAACCCUUCUGGCCUCCAUCAACGUGGCUCUCAACAUGCUGGGAGAGGAGGAGAAGAAGAAGGGGGCGGCGGCAUCCGCAGUCUCCUCCGAGGAAACGCAAGCACUCAAAUCCCUCCUGAUGUUCACGAUGGAGAACUGUGUGUGCGUGCUCAUCUCUCAGGCCGUGCGCUGCCUGAAGGACUCGGCCGUGCCGCCCAGGGACAAGCAGCGACUCAAGCAGGAGCUCAGCUCUGAGCUGAGCACGCUCUUCUCCUCCCUCUCCCGCUUCUUCCGCCGGGGUUCCCCCUCCUCUCCAGCCGGGGGCCCCCAGACCAAGGCGGGGACCCCCGGCCCCAAGGGCCCCGCCGAGGGCCAGGAGCCGCUGGUGCAGCUGGUGCAGGCCUUCCUUCGCCACAUCCAGCGCUAGUCAGGCCACAGUCACAAACCCGCACUGCAUGCUGGGUAAAACAACCUCCCUCGACCAACGCGAAACCCUUAGUCAUCCAUAUACAGCCCAGCAGUCACCUGAGAUCCAUCUCACGGAGUCGUUCACUCACUCACUGGAGUCAUUCUGUGAAGAGUCAGGAAGGAGUGUUGCACGUCUGGCUGUCCAGUCACGUCACGUCACAGAGAAGGGAUGGGUCAGUGUGUCCUGGAGCUCUUAUGGGGUUCCUCUGGUGCCAAAGCGCAUGUGUUUUCUGUUGUGACAGUGGUGUGUGUGUGUGUGUGUGUGUGUGUGUGUGUGUGUGUGUGUGUGUGGUAGUGUGUGUGUGUGUGGUGUGUGUGUGUGUGGUUAGUGUGGGUGGGCGAGUGAGUGGUACACAGACCAAGAUCACUCACUCUGAGUUCAAAUAGCCUCAGUGUGGAUACGUAAGGGAGUUUUUUUUCCAGCGAUUUACAUUCUCGCAAAAAGACACAAACACACAAUCGUGUACAGACAUGUAUAGCCUUCCUCAGUCACAUCGUUGUCUUUGACAUGCCUAGUUUUAUAGGCUGCAUCCAACACCAUUGUAUCCUCCGUGUCCACGACCAUUUUGACUUCAAGAAUGACUGUAUGAGAAGUUACCUGUACUAGAGGCAUGUCCUAAUGGAGAUUGUGAGAUGGAGAUCUGGGCAUGGCUCGACAGUACUGUGUGUUAUUGUUUUUGUCUUUCUCUGUGUUCCUUUCAUGAAUUCUGCCUUUUUUUUCUAUAAUUUCUCUGAAACAUAAGUACAAACAUCACAUUUACUGUGUUGGUGUUCUGUCUAUACUCCAAGUAUUUUCUUUGCCAAUCGUGUGUAUGGGUGCAUGUGUGUUAUUGGAAGGUCUGAUGAUAAAAAGAAUGAUACUAAGCAUGAUGUUGAAGCUUGAACAGCUGAAGCUGAAGUUUUUUGUUACAGUAUGUUUAUACAAAAAAAUUAAACAAUUUUUAUAGAGCAGUA